AUGUCGGACGUUGUGCUUCAACUGACUGCUCCCAACGGGCGCAAGUACUCGCAGCCCAUUGGUCUAUUCAUCAACAAUGAAUUUGUUCCGUCCAAGUCAGGCGAGAAGCUCGCCACGAUCAAUCCUUCGGACGAGUCGGAGAUUGUUUCCGUCUAUGCUGCGGGGGAAGAGGAUGUCGAUAUCGCCGUCAAGGCGGCCCGGAAGGCUCUUAAGGAUCCUUCCUGGAAGCUGUUGCCAGCUACCGAUCGGGGAAUCCUGAUGCUGAAGCUGGCGGAUCUGGUUGAGCAACAUCGGGAGACUUUGGCGACUAUUGAGACUUGGGAUAACGGAAAGCCAUACUCUGUCGCACUUAACGAUGACCUCGGAGAAGUCAUCAACACCAUCAGAUACUGUGCCGGAUGGGCCGACAAGGUCCACGGACAGACGAUCAGCACCACUCCGGCGAAAUUCGCAUACACACUUCGUCAGCCGAUCGGCGUGGUCGGUCAGAUCAUCCCCUGGAACUUCCCUCUGGCCAUGGCUGCUUGGAAGCUCGGCCCUGCGCUCGCGUGUGGUAACACCGUCGUGAUGAAGCCUGCGGAACAGACUCCCCUAAGCAUUCUCUACCUGGCCACUCUCAUCAAGGAAGCGGGCUUCCCCCCGGGUGUGGUCAACAUUCUGAAUGGAUUCGGUCGAGUCGCGGGCGGCGCCCUUGUGAACCACCCUGAUGUGGACAAGGUUGCCUUUACCGGGUCGACCGCGACCGGUCGGGAGAUCAUGAAAAUGGCCGCCGGCACAAUGAAAAACAUCACCCUGGAGACGGGUGGCAAGUCUCCCCUGCUGGUCUUUGACGAUGCUGAUCUGGAGCAGUCGGCCAAGUGGGCGCACAUUGGCAUCAUGUACAACCAGGGACAGGUGUGCACUGCGACGUCGCGGAUCCUUGUUCACGAGUCGGUUUAUGAUCGAUUCGUUACUCUGUUCAAGGAAGCCGUGGCGACAACCAGCAAGGUUGGCGAUCCAUUCGCCGACGACACCUUCCAGGGACCCCAGGUCACCAAGGCCCAGUAUGAGCGGGUGCUCUCGUACAUCGAAGCGGGGAAGAGUGAGGGCGCUACCCUUGUUGCCGGCGGCGAGCCCUACAAGAACGUCAAGGACGGCAAAGGCUUUUUCAUCGCUCCGACCGUCUUCACCAACGUCAAGGACGACAUGCGCAUCUACCGCGAAGAGGUCUUUGGCCCAUUUGUGGUGAUCUCGAGCUUCAAGACCGAGGAGGAGGCCAUCACUCGGGCCAACGAUACGACCUACGGGCUGGGUGCAGCUGUCUUCACCAAGGACAUUGAGCGGGCGCACCGCGUAGCCUCGGAGAUCGAAGCCGGCAUGGUCUGGAUCAACAGCAGCAAUGACAGCGACUUCCGUGUCCCCUUUGGCGGCGUCAAGCAGAGCGGUAUCGGUCGGGAACUGGGCGAGGCGGGUCUCGAGGCAUACACGCAGAUCAAGGCCGUUCACGUCAACCUGGGAACCAAGCUGUAG